UUUGUUAGUCAGGAGAAACGUUAGUAUUUUGUGUGUGUUUCUCUUGGUCUAGGCGCCUGGAUUGAAAUCUCUAAAGUUUUCUUGAGGUAGACAUCGACAAACUCACAGACGUAUCCUCAUUUGUCAACUGCUAGGGCGGGGUGCGCUCGCUGUUUCACAAUCGCCAAGUGCCGUCGCUACUUGGUGAGGUGCCGUUGGCACGUUCUGGUGGUGUUCUUGGACUGGAAUUGAUCUUUGUGGCUUAUAUUGACAUAACGUUUUGUGACAACAUUGUCAUUCCAACAUCAUGCAUUCUCGACAAGUACCUGUCUAUUCUGGAAUCUUGUUUUUGUCGUGUGUCUGGAUACAUGGAGUGGACAGUAAACCUAAAGUAAUUACAGCGACAUCUCGGGUCAAUCAAAAUACAACAGUCCAGGCGGGCAGUGAUGUUGUAUUAGAGUGUACAGGUGCGGUUUCAGAUAGAGGCACCUGGUACAAAACUGACAAGCAGCGGGACUAUAUUGCGUAUGUGGAGCUCAACAAAGAGUUAUGCAACAUAACCCAAGAACCAGUAUCGCUGCCUGGCCUAUCAUUGGGAAAUGAAGACUGCGCCAAACAUGCUCUGAAAAUCUCCAACAUCAGCAAGGAGCACGAAGGAACAUGGACGUGUCAAAUCGAAAAAUCAACAACCCAGAAGCUUCAUGUCCAUGUUGUGGCAUCGGCUACAGAAUCAACAUCCCACGUCACUGCUACGGCUGGUGUCCCUGGCUCUACUCCUGACGCAACUACUGAGUCGACAGCCCCUGCUACGGAUACAAACAGUGCUGGGUAUACGACUGAAGGCAGAACCCAGGACUCGGUAAAUCCCCAAACUCCCUCUGUGACUUCCAUGACAACCAUCCUAGGUGGAACUGUUGGUGGCGCACUUGUCCUACUGGCUGCUAUCCUCACCGUCUGCUGUUUACUUCGAUCAAAGAAAGAAAAACAAAACAAUGGCUCAGCUCGGGAGCCUGUCAAUGGGGAUCAUAGACAUCAAGAUCCUGAACAAAGAGAAGAUGCUGGGAUGGUGGACAACGUCCUGUAUGACAGUUACGGUGGAGACGUGGGACAGGCAGCUAAACACCAGGAUCCCCUGGUGCUCGCUGGUAGAUCUCAACCUGACAGUGUGGUUGGAGACAUAUAUGCCAUCCCGGAUAAACAACGAACAUCAACACUGAAUGCUGAGUCCCCUGAUAGAUCUCAACUUGACAGUGUGGUUGUAGACAUAUAUGCCAUCCCGGAUAAACAACGAACAUCAACACUGAAUGAGGGGGCAGCUGCAGGUGAUGUAUACAGCGUGGUACAGAAACAACCCAAGUCCGAAGGUGAAACAAUGCCACUCCAGUCAACGGACAAAGAUGCUGAGAUGUCCGAGCUGUACAGCCAGGUUCAGAAGCCCCAGAAGAACGGGAAGUGAGACACGAGUUGAAGACAUUCGGCCAUGUCCCAUACAGUGGAGUACCUUUGUAGACUAUACAUGUGAUGUAUCAUUUCAAAAGUUGAUCCUUGUCGUUCGGGUCUUUCAACACCACGUGAUCAG